AUGGAAGGACACAAUGAGGAGCAGAGAGGUGAAGAGAGAAAAACAACGAUGAGAGAGGAGCUGGGGCGAACCAACUCCUUCCCUUCCUUCCGCCCCUCUUCUUGUCCUCCAGGGUCACAAGGCAAGGGAGGUGAAGAGAAAAGCAGUGCAGAGCAGGGCAAUCAACCACACGGUCACAAGGCAAGGGAGGUGAAGAGAAAAGCAGUGCAGAGCAGGGCAAUCAACCACACGUCCCUCCUUCCCCUCCGCCUCUCCUCCCCCCCCGCCCCUCUUACUGUCCUGCAGGGUCGCAAGCCAAGCAUGGAAGGACACAAUGAGGAGCAGAGAGGUGAAGAGAGAAAAACAAAGAUGAGAGGGGAGCUGGGGCGAACCAACUCCUUCCCUUCCUUCCGCCCCUCUUCUUGUCCUCCAGGGUCACAAGGCAAGGGAGGUGAAGAGAAAAGCAGUGCAGAGCAGGGCAAUCAACCACACGGUCGCAAGCCAAGCAUGGAAGGACACAAUGAGGAGCAGAGAGGUGAAGAGAGAAAAACAAAGAUGAGAGAGGAGCUGGGGCGAACCAAUGAGGCUUUAAGGGAGUUUGGGCGCCGGGCGAGGGAAGCAGAGCAGCUGCUGCUGGCUGUGCAGAGACAAGAUCGGGUUUUGAGGUGCCUCAAAACACGUUCCUCCUUCCCGUCCGCCCGUCCCGUUGCUUGUCAGGGUAUGGAAGAGCACAAAGCAGGCAUGAGAGACAAGGUCGGGGCGGCGAAUGAAAGCCGGUCAGGGGAGGAGAAGCACGCGAAGAUGAGAGAGGAGCUGGGGCGAACGAACGAGGCUUUAAGGGAGUUUGGGCGGAGAGCGAGGGAAGCAGAGCAGCUGCUUCUGGCUGAUGAGCAGCUUAGAAUGUCACUUCUGUAUCACUGUACUGAUGAGAAGGCCCUUGGGAUUAUCCGGAAGGAGAAGAAGAGGGAAAAGGAGAGUGGAAAGGAGAGAGGGAAGGAGAGGAGAAGUGGGGUUGGUGGGGUGGAAGGAGGGGAAUCAAGGCCUAUCAGUCCCCGGCCUACUCCCACUGCCGCUGCUGCUGCUGCUGGGAAGGCGGCAGGGAGAUCAGGCGAGGCUGAUUUUGCUGCUGCUGCAGCAGCGGCGGCAGCGGCGGCAGCAGCAGCAGGAGCAGGAGGAGGAGGAGGAAAAGGGGUGCCAGUGGGCUUGCCUCCCCCUCCUCCGGGGUGGAAACCCGGAGACCCCCUCCCUUCCUUUCCAGACAUUGCUGCUGCUGCCGCCGCCGCCGCCGCUGCAGCAGGAAAAGCAGCAGCAGGAGGGGCAGCAGCAGGGGUACCCCCACCUAUGCCGGCUGGGUGGAGACCAGGAGAUCCCCUCCCCCUUCCUCCCCCUCCUCCGGGGUGGAAACCUGGAGACCCCCUCCCAACUCUUCCCACCGCUGCCACUUUUCCUUCUGCUGCUGCGGCCACUCCUGCUGCUCCUUCUGCUGCUGCUGCUGCUGGCGCUGCUGCUGCUGCUGCUGCUGCUCCUACUCCAUCCAUUCCCCCAGCCGCACCCCUGCCCGCCCUUCCGACCAUGCCUGCAGGGUGGAAACCCGGAGACCCCAUACCCCUCCCCUUACCAGGCGCCCCUGCUGUGCCCCUGCCAGUGGCAGCAGGUGUACCUCCCUCAGAUGUACCUCCCCCGAGCGUGCCUGCUGCCGCUGCUGUUGCUGUGGCUGGCAUGGUGGUGGGACCUGGGGAAGGUGUUAUCCGGCCGCCAGCAGUGGCAGGGGCAGGGAAAGAAGGGGCAGCAGGAAAGGAAAGAGCAGCAGGGGCAGGUGUGCGUGGUGGUGGUGCUGCUGCUGCUGCUGUGGCCUUACCCCCUGCUCCGGCUGCUCCUGCUGCUCCUGGGACGUUUCAAGUGGCACACGUGCAGCUUGAUUUGGACGAGUCUGACUUUGAAAGCGAUUUCAGUGAUGCGUCUUCAGACGAUGAUGAUGAGUGA